AUGCUCUCCUUUGCAUUUAGACGCGCAAAAAAGCCUCGUCUUCCCACCCAUCCCCGUCUCAUCCACUCAACUCCACCACCAGAGAACGCGAAAUCAGACGCACACAAGGCUGUCGCGGAGGAGAACAAGGAUGUGUCGUCGAUGGAUACCCUAUUGCGGGCGGGGAAAGAUCGGACCCUACGUAUCACAGGUCCGUUCCUUGACUUCCUUGAGCUUACCGAUUACGGUACGGCUGGUUGA